AUGGGAACCUCGGGCUUCGGGCUUCGGGUGCUGCAGAAGAAUGAGAAUCACAUCAGAACUGUUGUGACAUUUUUUUGGCAAAGCAGAAACGCAGUGGCGCCAAAGACGCCGCCAUUUUCACAGCUCGACAAAAUGGCGACAAGGACAUCCACAUCCAGUUGGCUCUGCCGCCUGCUGCUAUUCGGCUUUUGCAUUGGCGCCGCCGCCGCCCGAGACAUUCCAUCGCCGAUGGACCUGGCAGACGUGGCCUUCUACUGCCCUGGAGAAGGUCUGUUUGCGGACGACUACGAUUGCCGGAUUUAUUACCGCUGCGAGCGGCGUUCGGGGCAGUACAUCCAACCCUACCUCCUGGCCUGUCCAGAGGACGCGGUCUUCUCGCGCACCCUGCGCAUGUGUCUGCCACCAGCAAUGGCUGGGCGGGAUGAGUGCAUUGACCAGGUGAACGAGGUGGACGGCGGCAGCAUGGAGAAGUGGGAGCAGGACGACUACGGACAGGAUGACCGCAAUGCGAUGCUUAACCUGGCCGUCACACCUGCGGCCAAUGAGUUGCGAACAUAUGCGUCGACCCACCGGCUGCCCACAAAUUACGGUCUGGCUGGUCUCAACGGCGUCUCUGUCAUAUCCUUCUCCAGCUCCUCAUCCCUGCGCGCCGUUGGAUCAGCGGACGCGGAUGGCAUAAUGUGCCGGGAUGAUGGCUUCAUGACCGAUCCCAGCGACUGCACCGUGUUUUAUCGCUGCAUCUCGAACGGCCGAGGCUAUAACAAAAUCGGCUUCCGGUGCUCAGAUGGCACGGCCUGGGACGAGUCCCUUCAGUCCUGCAACCAUAUGUUUGACGUACGUGCCAACGGAGGAUGCCGCAAUCAGCCUGCUCCACUGAACGAUGGUUAUUAUGCCGGCCAAACGUCAACACAGUCGUCGCAGACCAGUUACCAGAACUCUACCGCCAGCAGCCAGCAGAGCUCUUCCUCCGCCACCAGUUCCUCGAACUCCUCUCAGAGCUCCAGUUCCACAUCCAGUUCGACAUCCAACUCCAGCUCAAGCCAAGAGUCCUCUACGUCCAGCAGCAGUCAUCAGUCGAGCUCCACGUCUAGCAACAAUCAGGAGUCCAGUUCGGAAUCCAGCAACAACCAGGAGUCCAGUUCGGAAUCCAGCAACAACCAGGAGUCUAGCUCGGGAUCUAGCAACAAUCAGGAAUCUAGCACGACUUCCGGCAGCAAUCAAGGCUCAAGCUCGCAAAACGCUGGCAGCAGCAACCAAAACCAAAGUUCGGGAAGUAGCCAAUCCUCCAACAGUAACCAGAGCUCCAGCAACAACCAGAACCAAAGCUCUCAAAAUUCUGGCAGCAACCAAAGCUCCAGCAGCAGCCAAAACUCGGGCAGCAACCAAUCCUCUAGCAACAAUCAAAGCUCCAGCAACAAUCAGAGCAAUCAGUCCUCCGGCAAUCAGAGUUCCAACAACAAUCAAUCUUCCAAUCAGAGUUCUUCAAGCAGCCAGAACACCAGUGGCUCCAAUAAGCCCGUGCCCACCGAGUGCGAGGAUGAAAACACUUAUAUCCCUGAUAAAGAAGACUGUGCUAAGUUCUACAGGUGCCGCAAGGAUAAGGACGGAAAAUUGGAGCAAGUGCCUUUCACCUGUGGUCCCGGUACCGUUUGGAACCAAGUGGAUAAGGUCUGCGAUCUGCCCACUGAGGAUCAAAAGAAGAAAUGCAACAUUCAAUCAGGCUCGUCGAGUGGAAGUAACAACUCUGGACAGCAAUCUAGUGGAAGCUCCUCCAACAACCAAGGCUCUUCCAACAAUCAAUCCUCAGGCAACCAGAGCUCAUCGAGCAAUCAAGGCUCAUCUGGCAAUCAAUCUUCCAGCAACCAGAGCUCAUCCAGCAAUCAAGGCUCGUCAAGCAAUCAAUCUGGCAAUCAAUCGUCCAGCAACCAGAGCUCAUCCAGCAAUCAAGGAUCGUCUAGCAAUCAAGGCUCAUCCAGCAACCAAUCAUCCAAUCAGGGAAGCAGCCAAGGAUCAUCGAACAAUCAGUCUUCCAAUCAAGGCUCAUCUUCAUCCACAUCUAGCAACCAGAGCUCCUCAAGCACAAGCAAUAACUCUACGAGCACCCAAACAAAGCCAUCCAAUCCCGAUGGUGAUUGCCAGGAUACGGAAACAUAUUUGGCUGAUAAGAAAGACUGUGCCCGAUUCUAUCGCUGCGUAGAGAAUGGCAGCGGUGGCUUCAACAAAGUUCCGUUCGAUUGCUCCCCUGGAACGGUCUGGGAUCCUGAUACGAAGGGAUGCAACCAUCCUACGGAUGUGCAAAAGGAGCAAUGCAAGGUUAUGGCCAAUGGUAGUGGAUCCUCAUCAAGCCAGGGAUCAUCCUCCAACCAGGGAUCAUCAUCCAACCAGGGAUCGUCUUCCAACCAGGGAUCGUCUUCCAACCAGGGAUCUUCUUCGAACCAGGGAUCAUCCUCCAACCAGGGAUCUUCUUCGAACCAGGGAUCAUCCUCCAACCAGGGAUCUUCUUCGAACCAGGGAUCAUCCUCCAACCAGGGAUCAUCAUCCAACCAGGGAUCGUCUUCCAACCAGGGAUCGUCUUCCAACCAGGGAUCUUCUUCGAACCAGGGAUCAUCCUCCAACCAGGGAUCAUCUUCGAACCAAGGAUCAUCAUCCAAUCAGGGUUCCUCUUCUAACCAGGGAUCAUCAUCGAACCAGGGAUCUUCCUCCAGCCAAGGCUCAUCUUCCAAUCAGGGUUCCUCUUCUAACCAGGGAUCGUCAUCGAACCAGGGAUCUUCCUCUAACCAGGGAUCUUCUUCCAACCAAGGAUCAUCUUCAAAUCAGGGAUCGUCCUCAAAUCAGGGAUCAUCCUCCAAUCAAGGUUCUUCGUCCAACCAGUCAUCCUCGAAUCAAUCCUCCUCCAAUCAAUCGUCGUCGUCUAACCAGACAUCAUCCACUACACAAAAACCUUUCAAGCCGGCAGAGAAAUGUGAAAGUGAGGAAACUUUCCUGGCUGACAACGAGAACUGCUCCAAGUUUUAUCGAUGCGUGGAUAAUGGUAAGGGUGGUUAUACGAAAGUAUCAUUCACCUGCCCACCAAACACUCUAUGGGAUCCUGAGGCCAACAGCUGCAACCAUCCUGACCAGAUCCAGACCAAGCCGCUUAAAUGCAAAAAGGUGGUGAAUCAAGGGGGAAGUUCCUCUAACAGCACCAGCAGCUCCUCGAGUAGUUCCUCUUCGAACAGCGGGUCAUCUUCCAGUUCAUCCUCCAGCAGUGGCUCCUCCUCCAAUACAGGCUCAUCCUCGAACAGUGGCGCUUCUUCCAGCGGUGGCUCAUCGAAUCAAGGCUCCUCCUCCAAUAGUGGCUCCUCUUCUGGUUCGAGCUCGUCUGGAAAUGGAUCGACAUCCUCGUCAUCAUCAUCAUCGUCUUCAUCAUCAUCAAGCAAUAACAAUAAUCAAGGUUCAUCCUCAACGUCCUCCAGCUCGUCCUCCUCCAGCAGCAGCUCGACUUCAGCAAAACCAAAUCCUUCCGAGACCUGCAAGGUUAAUGGACAAUUUAUAGGCGAUCGAUCGGAUUGUGCCAAGUUCUAUCGCUGCGUCGACAAUGACAGAGGCGGCUUCAAUAUGGUAGCCUUCAGCUGCGGUCCUGGCACUGUUUGGGAUGCCCAACUGCAGGCCUGUAACCAUGCGUGGGCAGUAAAGGAAUGCGGUGGAAUUGCUCCACCUACGACCUCCAGGCCAACAACCGCAAGCACUUCCAGCCCUUCUGCCCCAUCGUCUACAUCGAGACCUUCAGGUCCGCCCACUACCCCACGUCCAGUAACUGCCAGACCAACCACUUCUUCUCCAUCCACAGCUUCACCCACUCAAACAACAUCUCCUGUCACCCAGUUGCCCAAUACGGAUGGCAAGUGUAGGUCGGAGGGCUUUAUGGCCGAUCCCAGCAACUGCUCCAAAUUCUACCGUUGUGUUAGGAACAACAAAGGUGGCUUUACUCCAGUUCCAUUCCAAUGUGGAGCUGGCACCGUUUGGGACCAGGAUCUGCAGACCUGCAACCACAAUUUCCACAAUUGCAAUACUGGCACUGAAAGCACCACUUCCAAACCGCCUUGUGAGCCAGCAACAAAUGGAACAACCUCAGCCUCCACACCUCCACCCACAACGACAACAACUGGAUUGCCUCCUACUACAACCACUGGAUUGCCCCCUACUACAACCACUGGAUUGCCUCCUACUACAACCACAGACUUACCUCCUACUACAACCACGGACUUACCUCCUACUACAACAACUGGAUUGCCUCCCACUACAACAACUACUUUGCCUCCCACUACAACAACUGGGGUUCCCCCCACUACAACAACUGGAGCGCCACCCACUACAACAACAAUCAGUUCGGAAACAGACACUUCAACGGUUACUUCGAGCCCGGAGAACACCACGCAACCACCGUCUACAACCACUAUGAAGCCCCUACCAGCGGGCACGGAAUGCACAGGUGAGGGUUACAUGGCCGAUCCCGAAGAUUGCAGGAAAUACUACCGAUGCAUCAACGCUGGAGCCUCCUACAGAAAGUACACUUUUACGUGCCCCAAGGGUACGGGAUGGAAUGAAGAAGUUCAGACCUGUGACUACAUGGAGAAUAUUCCGAGGUGCUCGAAGUUACCCGCUGAACCAAUCACUACCACACCAAGUGAAGAGUCCAAGGAUCCCGGAAGCACCACUCCGCAGUCAACGGAUGAGCCCACCACAGUGACAAAGCCCAUCACAAAGCCCACCGAAGAACCGUCUACAGAAAUACCACAAAAGCCGACGACUGAAUAUCCGGAAAAGCCAACUACCACACCAGAGAAGCCCCAGAAACCGACUACUACCGAAUAUCCUCAGAAGCCGACCACCACAGAGCAGCCCCAGAAACCAACUACUACCGAAUAUCCUCAGAAGCCGACCACUCAAGAGCCCACCACCACAGGAAUUCCGGGCUACAAUCCAACAACAACCUCUGUUCCGGGCUACAACCCAACAACAACGCCUGUUCCGGUAGAAACUACCACCUCUACUCCGGGCUACAAGCCAACUACCACCGGCGAACCUAUUACCACGACCACACUACCUCCUACAACCACCAACGCCAUUGAAGAGCCCACAACCUCAGCCAAACCUGAACCCACUACAACCACGGAGGGUCCAGAAUCCACCACUUCCGAAGGUUCAGUGACCACUCUUCAGCCGGAACCACAGCCUAACUAUAACUGCUCCUCGGAAGGAUUCUUCCCAGAUCCCGAAGACUGCAGUCGCUAUUACCGCUGCGUAGAUGCGGCCAAAAACGGCAAGUAUCAGGUUUAUGCCUUCAAGUGCGGUAAGGGAACUGUUUGGGACACGUCCACCGAAACCUGCAAUUACGCCGACCAGGUGUCUGGCAAUUGCUCAUCUGGACAGACGACCACGCCGGGAACUACCACGGAGCCUGGUACGACGGAGAGUACGACCAGCUCUGGAACACCUGAAACCACCUCGAAGGCCCCUGAAACCACCACGUCGAGAGCUCCCGAAACCACCACCACAUCAGCUCCUGAGACCACCACCACAUCAUCUCCUGAAACCACCACCGCAGUAGCCCCCGAAACCACAACUUCCGGGAGCACAGAAACCACUACUUCCGGCGCAACCACCACCACAGCAACACCGGAGACCACUACCACAUCACCCAAGCCAGAAACCACGACCAUAACUGGGGAGGAAACCUCAACGACGCAGUCCACCACCACCACAGAGAAUCCUGCGCCCGGUACCAACGCCUCCGCUCCUUGUCCCGAAACCGGUCCAGGACAGAAUGUGUACGUCUGCCCCACUGGAUUCCGUCGGCAUCCGGAGAAGUGCGGCAUGUUCUACCAGUGCAGUGAAAGCGCCGAUAGCAACGACCUUAACAUCGUGGUGUUCCAAUGCCCCAAUGGAACCGUCUACCAAGACAAGUCCUGCAGCUGUGGCAAGCCGCCGGCAGGCGACAAGUGUUCCAAGGAUAUGAAGAGGACCACCAACUUGUUCGAAGAGGAAACGAGGCUUCAGAAUGUGGUACAAAUCAGCACGACGGAUCCUCUCUGCCCGGAUGAGGGUCACUUUGCGCUCAACAACGACCAGUGCGGCCAGCUGUUCGUCAAGUGCGGAUUCUCGGAGCUGACGGGUCGCAUCGAGGGCCAGAUCCACCGCUGUCCGCAGGGAUUCGCCUAUUGGAACGUGAGCCGGCGAUGCGAGCCCGCCCGCAAGCUGCUCAACUGCAGUCCCACCACCUACAAUGUGGGCGGAAACGUGCCGCUGGAGUGGCUCAACAUUGGCCAUAGACGCCGCAGCAUGCGCAUUUAAUUAGAUUUAGUCUAGAUUCACUUAGUCGCCCGCCAUUGUUUGUUUGCUGCGCCAGUUGUUUGUGCUUGAUGGCCAGUUUAACUAGCUGAUUGCGGUCGAGGUAAUAAGCUGGCACAGCAAACGAUCGAACAGAAGAGUUAGCUUAGGACGUAGGGAAAUUACUUUAGGUUAAGCACGGGUGCAGCCCUCCGACAAAUACACAUCUAUAAAUGGGAACUUAAAAAAGUAUACAUUUUUAGAGUUAGCCUAUAAUACAAUUAUAUGUUUUAAUAAUAUAUUGCUUCGAUUGUUGG